AUUCGCGUGUCUCGAGUACAGUUGGCUGCUGCCGUGUUACGUGUGGCGGCGGCGCUCACCCAACUAAAGAACAAUGGCCAGCUUAGCUAGCGUUACAGUUCGGGAUGUGUCUAAUGGCUGGUUUCUUACGGGAAGGCGUGUCAGUGUCGUGUAGACCGAAGCCUUUUUGCCACUGCUGCUAACAACUGCUGAAGCUGUUUUAUGAGUGAGCAAUCAUGAGCAGCACACCUCAUAUGGAACUGGUGCAAAAGGCGAAGCUGGCCGAGCAGGCUGAGCGCUACGACGACAUGGCUGCUGCAAUGAAAGCAGUGACCGAGGAGGGUGAGCAGCUGUCCAAUGAAGAGCGCAACCUGCUCUCUGUGGCCUACAAAAACGUUGUGGGUGCCCGUCGCUCCUCUUGGCGUGUGGUUUCCAGCAUCGAGCAGAAGUCGGAGGGCAGUGAAAGCAAGCAAGCAAGGAUCAAAGAAUACCGGGAAGUCAUCGAGAAGGAGCUGCAAGAGAUCUGCAAUGAUGUUCUGGGUCUUCUGGACAAGUAUCUCAUUCCCAAGGCGUCUCCAGCAGAGAGCAAAGUAUUUUAUUUGAAAAUGAAAGGAGAUUACUACCGCUACUUGGCUGAGGUGGCUACAGGAGAAAAAAGGGAUGACAUUAUUAAGGAUUCAGAGAAGGCUUACAAAGAUGCCUUUGAAAUCAGCAAAGAAGAAAUGCAGCCUACGCAUCCAAUCCGCCUUGGUCUUGCUCUUAAUUUCUCUGUGUUCUACUACGAGAUCCUCAAUUCACCUGAAGAAGCCUGCAAGCUGGCCAAACAGGCCUUUGAUGAUGCCAUUGCUGAACUCGACACGCUGAGUGAAGAAUCGUACAAAGACAGUACACUAAUCAUGCAGCUAUUAAGAGACAACCUGACUCUCUGGACUUCUGAUAACCAGGCUGAGGGAGAGGAAGCAGAGGAGCCCAAAGAUUAAGCCACCUUCCUAAUGCCAUCCCUGUCUGCCUGCCAUCGUCUAGGAUCUACAUCAUGAUCAUCCACACUUUGACCAUCUCAUUGUUGUCAUCAAACUCUCGCCAUUGUUUUUAGGUUUCUACUCAUCUCACUACUUUUGGUUGGCGGUCUGUUCUCUUGUAACUGUGGGUAAAAUGGGAUGGGCAGCGAGGGGGAGUAUUGACAGUAUGAUGGAAGGGUUCGUGUAUGUUUGGGGGAUGAUGGUGAACUGUUUUUUCUGACUCUGGGUCUUCUAAAGUGUGGGAGCACGCGUUCUGAAAUUAUGAGACAUGCAGCACCUGAAGUUUAAACAAACAGAAAAGAUUGGAUCCUCCGGUUAAAAUGUAAUUGUGAGUAAGACACCACAUCAGAUUGGACCACAGCUAUCACUCCAUACUAAACAUAAGGAAUUACAGCAGAGGUGAACAUGUUGAUGAGGCGUGCUGGAGAUGGAGGGCAACAUUUUAUACCGGUUACAUUCCAUUUACCGUUAGAUGUUAAAUUUUCUACUUUUUUUUUUUUUUAAUAAUUUCUGGGGGGCUGCUUUUUUAUGCAUAUCUAUUUCUAGGUUUAGAAAAACUGAACAAGCUUGUAUUGUUUUGUAUGAGCACCGCAGUAAGAAAAAACCCACCCAUUUUUCUAUUACUACUGCUUUUUCAAAUUUAGUUUUUCUUUCGGUCGAAAUUGUUGGUAAGGGGUAGUUUGUGGAGGACUAAGGAAGGCUGUUGGGCUUUGUUAGCUUUGUCUUUGACCUUGUCAUACUGAACACUUAAGCUUAACUGUUAUUUGGGGAAAAUGUGUAAUUUCAUGUAAGUGGAAUAAAAUGUUUAAAAGA